GAGGCCCCCACUAUGUGAUCCGUCUGUGACUAUCCUCAGGAUCUGUGUAAUUAUCUGUAGCCACCAGUCCGGCUCCCAGAACACUGACGUCUGUACUACUGGAAUAUCAGGUAUCCGAGCGUCCCCUGGGGAUAUUGUGAUCCGGUGCUGGGACAUGGACGCCCGCUGUGCCACCCUACGCUGUGCCACCCUACUCUGUGCCCUGCUCCUGCUGGUACAUACUGGUACGGAAGCGGCGGUUAUUACAGUACAGAGUAAUUCUUCCACCAAUAUCCUGGUUGGGAAUAACAUCACCCUGUCCAUCACAUACAAUACCACAAAGGACCCUACUGUCAGCUGGUCUAAAGAUAGCGUCAGCAUGGCAAAAUGGAGCAAAGCGUCCACUGAGGUCCUAGAUGCAAAUAAGCAGAAGAUAAUCGGGAAUGGAUCCCUACUGAUAUAUAACAGCACCAAGGGUGACAGCGCAAAUUACUUGGUCAGGGUGGAAGCACUCGGAGACACUGAUGGCACGCUGAGAUUUCCAGUGACAGUUUACGACCCGGUGACAAACGUUUCGGUGUCGCAGUCUCCUGAAGCAGUAAAUGAGAACGCCCCCGUUGUGAAUCUGACCUGCAGUGCGGCCACUGGGGGGAUGACCUACGCAUGGACGAAAGACGAAAAAUCACUGACCAAUGAUAGCAGCUACGUUCUAUUAGAUGGCGGUCAGAUGCUGCAGAUUAUUCUUCCCAAGAGGACGCAUAAUGGAAACUACAGCUGUAACGUGUCCAAUCCGGUCAGUUCGAACACCAAAACACGGAUGCUGAGUGUUUCAUACACGGAUUCGCUGAGUGGGGGCGCCAUCGCUGGCAUUGUGAUUGGUUCGAUAUGCGGUGUGAUACUGCUCAUUGGUCUCAUCAUCCUUGUGAUUUUUUGUAUACGGAAAAGAAAGAAAGGAGAAAAAGAGAAGAAAUUGGCUCAGUCGCAUAAAGAAGCUAUACGUACGGUAUCAGGAACAACUCUGUCGCCUGAUGACCCAGCGUACUUCACCCUCAAUAACAUCAUGUACCGCAGCUCCUCCAUCUCCAUGGGCUCCUACAUCAUGAAAGAUUUAGAUAACACAUCUGAUUUCGUACGGAAUAUUUCACCCAUCCCUCCACCGAGCCAAAUUAAAGUCAAGAAGGCUACACAAGUAUAACAAUAAUGGAUGAAGAGGACGCUUGUCCCAUUUGGGCUCCAUUGAUGAUGAGCAGAACCGGACAAGAUGGCGGUCGGGAGCUGAAGCCGUCAAUAGGAGCUGAUGUGGUCAAUGGUACGGAUGGAGGAUGGACCUUUCAUGGCCGAGAUUAUAAAUCUUAGAUGCAGUUGUUACUUUGGACCCUGUUUACAUAUCUAUUCUCCAGAUGGAGCAACAUAAACCCUGAGUCGGGGCUUUCCAUGGGCCCCAUAGCAUCUGCCGCGGACGCCAUUACAUUGCACACAUGUAUUAUGGCUGUGCCGCCAUCUAUCAAGGCUUUCUUAUAGAGUAAUUGAAUCCUCUGGGCUCACAUGGACACCUAUCACCUGGUAUUAACAAGCCGCAGUCCCCAUUGCAACUAGAGCUUUUGGGGCCAUCGUCCAGUCUAUACAGUGGUCCCUCAAAUUACAAUAUUAAUUGGUUCUGGGACAACCAUUGUAUGUUGAAACCAUUGUAUGUUGAGACCAUAACUCUAUGGAAACCUGGUAAUUGGUUCUGAUGCCCCCAAAAUGUCAUCCAAAAAAUAGGAAAAAGUGAGGAUUAAAGAAAAUAAGUAGAUAACUAAUAUAGAUAAAGCAAAUCCUUACAUAUAAAAGUAAUAAAGAUCUGCUGGGGG